UCCGAUUUUCGUGUUUAUCGGCGUUUUCUUUCUUCCAAUUUGGCAUCUGGUUUUUAAAACGAAAGAGGAAGUUCUCGAUCAAAUAUAUAUGAAACGUGAGUGCAAAGCAGAACUGGAGUUCGAAGACUUACCCGCAAUAAUAAAAGAGAGUGUUGGUCAAAAUCUAAAGUUGAAUGUAAGUCAGGCGCGUGGCAGGUGCACCGGAAAACCGACGAUAACUGCAAAUUUCACUGCAUUGGUUUUCCCCCAAAUUAUCAACAUUUCGAAGGCAUUUAAACGAUAUUCCGCGAGGAAAUACGUUUUUCCGUACUACCAAUACACCGACCAACUUUCGGUAAACACUCGUGCGUUUCUUAGCCUCUGCGCGCAAGCUGGCACAACGGGGCGCAAGGUUGUGAAACCCUCAGUGAAACAAACGAGACUUCGUUCUGACGAUUCGUGGCUUCCCCUGGACACUUAUUACGAUGUUAAAUACUUGGAAAGCCUAUUAGCAUCUUCUGGUUAUGCCGAACUUGUGGAAAAGAUGGAGUACCUCAAGGAAUGUCCGCCAAAUAGCCCGGAUCAUGUAAGCGUGCACUUCAUUGACAACUCGGAAGCAUCGAUGGGUUUCACUAAAGCGAACUUACGCUUGGAAAAAGGUUUUUACAACGAUAUAGUGAAGAACACGUCUCGAAAAGGUUGGACAGAAUGCGAGUUUCUGGAUAGAGCUAUGGCGAAAACUCCUGGCAAACAGUACUGUGUGAACGGAGAUAUCAUACAAGAUUGGAAAGUCUUUGAAAGGGAUGUUGCGAAGAAUGAAAAAUGCCUGAACAUAUUCGUCUGGCGAGGAGUCGAAGGUCCUACUUAUCGCUUGAAAUUCAGUGAAGACCGUAUGAAGUAUUCAUCAACCGAUCUUGCAUUAGCUUUGAAGCCAGGGCAGCCUGUCAUGGAAGAGGUCGAGCGUUUUCAAAAUGAGAUACUGUCACAAAACUACAUUGCGGUGUACAUACGAAGUGAAUUCAUGUUGCGUGAAUUUUCCAUCAGUUAUCUUCGAGACUGUAUUCAACUAGUACUUCAGGCCCUGUUUGCUCUAAAAAGGAUCACUGGGUUAUCUCGUGUUUACGUCGCCACGGAUAUGGGUGAAUACGGUUCGAGCUGGCUGGUUCGCUUCCGGAGUAAGAAUCAUUACCAUGAGAAUUUUUUUAAAGAUAUUCAUGAUGAUGUAGUGAAACAAUCCCAAGGCGUAACCUACAGACCCCCGUCUAAUGUGGUUGAUCGCGGUAUUAUCGCAAUGGUCGACCUAACUUUGUUAUCCCGGGCGCGACAUCUCAUAAGUGCCGGGCCGGGAACCUUUCGAGAAACGGUCGCUGCGAAGUUUUUAGAGAAUCGUCGAAGCGAUAAACAGACAUUGUCACAAAUCACCGUUUGUGCUGAUUACAAAACGAGCGAUUAAAAACCCGCUCUGCCAUGCUACUGCGCUCUUCUCAACGGAUGCAUGUCGAAUACGGACUGUAUUCGUAUAUUGCGUACCAAUUG